CCGCCGCCACGCUUCUCCAAUUAGGCUUCCGUUUCUCCCCUUUUCCAAUCUCGAUCUCUCCCGCGCGCGAUAUCGUUCGACCAUGGCUACGGAUCUCGUGACGAAGGCGAACGAGGCUUUCGUCGACGACAACUUCGACCUGGCUGUCGAUCUCUAUACGCAGGCCCUCGAAAUCGACCCCAAGAACGCCGAUCUGUACGCCGAUCGCGCCCAGGCGAACGUUAAGCUCGGGAGUUUCACCGAAGCAGUUGCAGAUGCAAAUAGGGCAAUUGAGCUUGAUCCAUCGAUGCCUAAAGCAUAUCUGCGGAAGGGGACUGCUUGUAUCAAACUUGAAGAGUACCAGACUGCAAAAGCAGCUCUCGAAGCUGGUGCUUUGUUGACACCUGGAGAUACGAGAUUUUCUAAAUUGAUCAAGGAAUGUGAUGAACACAUAGCAGAGGAAACUGCUAACUUGCAACAAAAGCUAGUAGCAAAUGCAUUGCCAAGUAGAGCAGUACCAUCAUCAAAUACAACUGCUGGAAAAACAGAUGGGUCUCAUGCAACACCUUAUCUACGAAGUCAAACAAAAGAAGCACCACAAAAACCAAAAUACAGGCAUGAUUACUAUAAUACUCCUACGGAGGUGGUUUUGACCAUUUUUUCCAAGGGUAUUCCUGCUGAAAAUGUAUCAGUUGACUUUGGUGAACAAAUAUUGAGCGUUAUCAUAAAUGCCCCUGAUGAAGAGUAUCACUUCCAGACACGUUUAUUUUCAAAGAUUAUACCAGAAAAGUGUAGAUACCAGGUUCUAUCAACAAAAGUCGAAAUCCGUCUUUCAAAAGCGCAACUUGUUACAUGGACUUCACUGGAAUACAAUGAGAAAGCAGUACCUGUGAGGGCAAAUACGUUGCCAGCUACCACAGUCCAGAAGCCAUCCUAUCCAUCAUCAAAGUCCAAAACUGAUUGGGAUAAGCUGGAAGCACAAAUGAAGAAGGAGGAGAAAGAGGAGAAACUUGACGGUGAUGCAGCCCUGAACAAAUUCUUUCAGGGUAUCUACCAUGAUGCUGAUGAAGACACAAGACGAGCCAUGAGCAAGUCCUUUGUGGAAUCAAAUGGCACAGUCUUGUCAACAAACUGGAAAGAGGUUGGUUCAAAGAAGGUUGAGGGAAGUGCACCAGAAGGUAUGGAGGUUAAGAAAUGGGAAUACUGAUACUAGUGUUUUUUUUAGCACCAGUGUUGUGUAAUUAAAGCGUGGAGCAAUUUUCUUUUCUUUUUGAAUGAGGAUAGAAACAGAAUGUUGCAUGUCUUGCUGUCGAUGAUAUUGUGAGCGUUGCAGUCUCGUCUGCAUCGAUACAGUAGGGUACUGCUUUCUCUUUUUCUUUUCAGUGAUAUUUCUGUUUUAAAAUACUCUUAAGGGAGUUGUUAACUGCUGUCAAA